AGAAGGUUGCUUGGCAACCGCCAUUUAACCAAAAAAGAAGAAGCCACUUCCGGUCAUGUCUUAUGUAUUGUUUUGAUUGCAAAACAGCCGACAAGUAACGUGUUUUAUAUUCCAAAAUGAGGAUAUUAGGCUUCUUGAGAACGUCGGGUGUCACCUGGACAAGCUGGAUCCGACAAACAAGUCCAGUGGUCGGCGUGGAAGCUGUUCAAUGUAUGCGCUCAGCAAGGAAGGACUCAUGCCGCCGCAACGCCAACUUUGUAGGUUUUGGAGUAAAGUCAGAGCGGAUGUGCGACUUGAAGAAAGUCAGGUCGUGUAGAAGUUGCUCCACGCAGGCAGUGCGAGUGAAGUGUUGGAGGUGUAAACAUCCUCUUCAUGACUCACCUGUGUUCUUCUGCUCGGCAUGUAAAGUAGUGCAACCUCCUGGUGACGGCGCGUCCUUCUUCAACAUCAUGUCCUGUGACGUCUCAUUCGCAGUGGACACUAAAGCACUGCAGAGAAGAUACUUGCAGCUGCAACGCUCCCUACAUCCUGACAACUUCAGCCAGAAAUCUGUGGAAGAACAAGAGUAUUCCCAACACCAGUCGGCCCUGGUCAACAAGGCCUACAAGACACUGCUGAAGCCUUUGAGUCGAGGCCUCUACAUGCUGGAGCUGGAGGGGAUGCGCAUCGACGAGGGCACGGAUUCCGGGGCGGAUGCUGACUUGCUGAUGGAGCUGAUGGAGAUCAAUGAAGAGCUGGCAGAGGCGCGGACGGCAGAAGAAGCCGAUAAAAUCAGCCGAGACACAAAAGGGAAACUCUCCGUUUUGACGGAGAAGAUAGACGCCGCCCUCCGUACAGGAGAGCUCCACGCUGCCAAAGCACUGCUCGCCCAAAUGAAAUACUUCUCAAACAUUGAGGACAAAGUUAAGGAAAAACUUUCUGACUUGAUGUAAUUGCUAUCUUUUGUGUGUCACUUUGUAUUUUUAUCCACUAAAGGGGUCAUAUUAUGAUUUUUUUCGACAUUUAAAAGACUUCCUUGUGGUCUACAUAACAUGCAAUGGUGGUUCUUUGGUCAAAAUGUUGCAUAGAUUAUGUUUUACAGACCGUUUUCAAGCCGCAAUUUACCGAAAAUUCCAUACAACAAGCUGCUACUUUUUUCCUACGCUUUGACCCUGCGGCUUACAAAACAGUGCAGUUAAAUAACGUUUUUUUUUUUGCGAAUGACCAUAAUGUUUUGUGUUCAAUAGUUUUUAUUAAACCCACGUAGAGGACGAAAA